AGAGAAGGACCCGGGCUCAGAGGCUCCCCUGGCUCCCUUGGAGGCCAUGGCUACGACGGUCGGAAGGCUGCUGCUCUGGCGGCCCUGCCCGGGCGGCGGGACCCGCUGCAGGUUUAUAGCGACAUCACCAGCUGCUCAGCUGUCACCCACCGAACUGACAGAAAUGCGGAAUGAUCUUUUUAAUAAAGAGAAAAGUAGGCAGUUAUCGUUAACUCCCCGAACAGAAAAGAUCGAGGUUAAGCAUGUUGGGAAAACUGAUCCUGGCACUGUCUUCGUGAUGAAUAAAAACAUUUCAACUCCCUACAGUUGCGCCAUGCAUUUAAGUGAGUGGUACUGCAAGAAAUCCAUUUUGGCUCUUGUGGACGGACAACCAUGGGGCAUGUAUAAGCCUUUGACCAAGUCCUGUGAGAUUAAAUUUCUUACCUUCAAAGACCCUGACCCAACAGAAGUGAAUAAGGCUUAUUGGCGUUCCUGUGCCACGAUGAUGGGCUGUGUAGUAGAAAGGGCAUUCAAAGAUGAUUAUGUGGUCAGCUUGGUCAGAGCACCAGAAGUUCCUGUAAUUGCUGGGGCCUUCUGCUAUGAUGUCAUUUUGGAUAAGAGACUGGAUGAAUGGAUGCCAACGAAAGAGAACCUGCGUUCUUUCACAAAAGAUGCCCAUGUUCUAAUUUAUAGGGAUCUUCCCUUUGAAACUCUGGAAGUUGAUGCAAAAGUGGCAUUAGAAAUAUUUCAACAUAACAAGUAUAAAGUGGACUUCAUAGAAGAGAAGGCAUCUCAGAAUCCCGAGAGACUAGUCAAGUUACACAGAAUUGGAGACUUCAUUGAUGUGAGUGAAGGCCCUCUUAUCCCGAGAACUAGUGUUUGUUUCCAGUUCGAAGUAUCAGCAGUCCACAAUCUUACGUCCCCGCAGCCGAACCUCAUCCGAAGAUUUCAGGGCCUGUCUUUACCCAUCCACUUGAGAGCACAUUUUACAAUAUGGGACAAGUUAUUGGAAAGAUCACGGAAAAAGGUAACUGAAGAUGCAGUCAGACAGACAGAGAGCACUGCGUCUACCCAGUAGCCUUCUAAAAUUUACGAUGAAGAUGGAAUUCAGAGUUGAAUCCUAUGUGGAUCUACUUAUUAAAAUCAACUGAUAUAACUGCAUCUGUGGAGCAUCUGGCUUUCCCACCAGAAUUUACCCUGAACCUAAGUCUUCUGAAGCUACAGUUCUAGGUUAGACCAGGGAAGUAAAGGUUAAUGCAAAUGUGUAAAAAAAAAAAAAAAAAAUCAAGAGCUGGGGAAGCUCUGGACUAGAACUCGUUAACUAAUGUCUUGGUUGCCCUUUGACCUAAGAUGAAGAUGACUGAACAUGAUGUCUUAAGUACUAAAGUUUUUCAUUGGCCCUAGGGCCAGGUUUCCGUUCUCAGUCUCUGACUGUCAGAAUCUUCCCUCAGUGUGGGAGAACUAGUGGGCUGGAAAGGCUUCAGGAAGUAAGUUCCUGAGUGCAAUGAAGGAGGAGGGCCGGGGUGGGUUCAAGUCUCCACCAGCUUGCACACACUAGGCGAGUUAGCUCAUCCUGGUGCAAAGCAGAGGCUGAGGAGAAAGGACCCACAUAUUAGCAGAUGACUUUGAAUUGGAACAGAGAAUGACAUGGACAAAGAGUUACAAAUUAAACUUUUGAGUAGUAUUAUCUAAGCUUUGGUUGUUCUCUGUAUUUCAACCUCUGGGUAUUUUAAACAUCAUGAGAACAUAUUUUGAUAAUGCUUCAUAUAAAGACCAAUGUUUUUUUGUCUCAAGGAAAUUUCGGUUUCUGCUGUUAUAAAAUGUGUUUAUGUGAA